AUGAAAUUCGCUGAAUUCUUAUUAAACAAUAUUAUUCCAGAAUGGGCCUUAAUGUAUUUGAAUUAUAAGGCCAUAAAAGCCUAUUUAUCAACUUCAGGUGCCUUAAAAGACUUCCUACUCUAUGCCAAAAAAACAAAGAGCACUCAAGAGUACAAGGAUAUUAAGAAAGUCGUUAUGGAAAAAACUUAUAUCAUAUCAAAAAUAAUGGUGGAUUAGAAAGAAUUCAAUAAAAAAUUCAAUUAAGAAAUAUCUAAAAUAAGAUCCUUUGUGAAUGCCAAAUAUAAUGAUUUGAAGGGCAAGACUUAUAAAAUAUAAUUAUAAAUAUUGUCAAUGAAUAGAUAAAAGAGAUAAUUAGAUAGGAAUAAAAAGCGUUCAGUAAUCAGAGGAAAUUCUUAGGUAGCAGAAGAAUUAACUGAAUAAUUAACUAGAAAAUCAAUCAAAGUGAAAGAGUCAGAGUUCAAUUAGAAAUGUAAUAAAUUGAAAGAAUUAUGUUUUUAAUUAUAUAAUGAAGGGGUGAAUUUUGAUAAGUAUUUAAAAAUCAAUCAAGAAUCUAUUCGUAAACUUUUAAAGAAAUAAAAUAAGAAAUCCAUUAAGAUAAAUUAAGAACAAAUAAAUAUGGAUGAAUCUAAGAAAUUGGCUUCAGAGAUAAAUUUUGAUUUAAUAAGAAAUAAAGUCAAAUAAUUAUUAUUUCAAGUAGAGAAAUACCUUUUAAAACACUUCUAUCAAACUCAAUAAUAACUAUGUAAGGAAUAACUUCGUAAAUAUCAAUUUCAAAAUAAUUAAAAUAAUAAAGCAUGGUUUUAGUUUGGUCUAUUCACUGGCUUUUCAUUGAUGUUAAUGUCAUUCAUCAUAUUUUUAGCAACUUAAAAAUAGUUAAACAUUUUAAAUAAUACUAUUAUUUAUGAAUCAUUUCCAAUUUACAGAGGAGCCUUGUUGUUUAUUCUGUAUUAUUGGUCCUUAACAAUAGUUAUUCACCUAUGGAAUAUAUCCAAGAUUAAUUAUAAAUUAUAUUUCUGCUUCAAUCAUCAUUUCUCAACUAUCAAUGAAUAAUUAAAAAGAGUAAUGACUUUGACCACAAUCUUUUUAUUAGUUAGUCUUUUUUAUAUAUGCGAUGUUUCUAGAUUAGGUGUUAUAUUUUCAAAUCUUAAAGGAGAAGAGUAUUUCCCAUUAAUAAUUUGGGCUUCUCUUUUGGCAAUAGUGGCAUUUCCUUCAAAAUUUAUAUUUAAUGGACAAGGUCGAUUGUGGCUUUAUCGUAAUUUAUGGCAAUCAUUAAAUCUAAAAGUAAUAGAAUAACGUCAUUUUUUCAUAAUCAGUCAAUUCACUUCAUUAAUUAUACCAUUUACUGACCUAACAUAUACAGUGUGUGAAUAUUCGAAAGGAGUAUAUUAUUAUUGAUUAAUUUAAUAGAUAAAAAAUCAAGAAGAUAAUGAUUUUAAUUUAUAUGAUGAAUGCUUUUUCAUUUCUAGAUAUUUCACUUUAGCUUUAGUGUUAAUCCCCUAUUUAAUUUUAAUAUUUUUAAACAUAUUUUUGACUAAAAAAUAGUUGAACACGAAUCUUUUUUUUAUAGAUUUUAUCAGAAAUAUAUUUUCAAUUGCUCUAAUCAUUUUUGCCACUUUAUCUUAUUAGGAAUCUAGCUUUUUUUAUUAUUGGUUAGGAAUGGCAAUUUUUAUUGCAUUUUUAAAUAUAAUUUCCAGUAUUAAGAAAUGGAGUUAUUUGGAUAUUAAAGAAAAGAGAUAAAAGAAAUAACUUAUAUCCUAUAAAUAAAAAUUAUUAAUAAUAUACCUACCUUUUGGAAUACUUCAGCCAUUAUCAAUAUCUACUUCAAUAUUUGGGUGUUUCGAUUAGAGCGAAUAACACAGUCUUCUUAUAUUAUAUAUAGGUAUUGCUGAAUUAAUUAGAAGUAAUUAUCACAAUAUCAUUAUUAUUUAGGAAUGAUUAUCAAUUAUUAUAUUGUUGAUGCUGAGCACUUUAGAAAUAAAUAGAAAUAUUAAACUGUUGGUGAAUAUGAGUUUCCAUUUGAGGAAUUUUAUACUAAGAUACAACUAUAACAAUUAUUGUAAGAAAAUCAUAAAUUCUACUUAGAUAAUAUGAGUCUGAUGAUAGUGAUGAUGAUUAGAAAGAAUUUAUAGGAAUGAACAAAGAAAAGAAUUCUGAUAUUGAAAUUAUCAUGACUUAAAUGGAACCGUCAACGUAAAGUAGACCAGAUGUUGGACUUUUUGUUCAGGGAUAAUCGAUAUUAAAUUAAGUUAAUAAUUCUGAAAAUCAUUUAUAGAAAUAAGUUAAAUAGUUCAAAAUAUCUGAAUUGAUAGUUAAGGAAUCAGAAAAAGCUUUGGGAGAGAGUUUUUUAAAUUAUGACAUUAAUAAUUUUAAACCAGAUGAAUUGAAUUCGAUAAUCAAUUGUUAAUAAAUAUCAGAAAGUGAUUUAUAAAGUUUGCAUGUUAAUAACAAGAAUACUAAGGAAGAAAUAAAUAAAUUGUAUGAAGAAUUUGGUAUCUAAAUCAAAUAGUGA